UAAAAUGUCAUUUUAAGUAAUUCAAUAUUUUCAUGUCAAAAUAAUAUUGUGUAUUAAUAAAUAAUGAUUCUAAUAAAAAUACAAAAAUAACUCCCUUACAAAAAUGUCAGAAAUAUUCCAUAAAAGUUGUUACACCACACGAACAACAGGAUACAAAUACAGAACUCUAUCGACCAAUACCGGUGAAAAGACACGUAGGGACUCUAAGGAAGAUACCACUUUUGAUAGAAAAUUUACUGAAUUACAGCGGGAAAUCACUUCUAGGAUCGGAAAAGAAGUCAAUGAUACCCAGAGGGCGCGACAAUCGAUCCAAGACAAACUGGAAAAGAUCGAAACUAAAAUUAACACAAUGCUCGACGUGCAAAACACAAUACAAUCACUUCGACAAGAUUUACGUACGGCAGAAAAUACACUGGUCGAUAUAAUGGAAAAAGUGGAAAAAAUAGAAGGAUUCAUCGGCGUCAGCGAGAGCUGUAGUCUUAAAUCUCACAAAAGUUCCAUCUUCAAAUCUAGACCGAUUUUGAAAGAUUUAGAAGCAAUAUGUAAUAAAGAAGAUAUCGAAAUUUCUAGUCCUGAAAAUGCGAUUCUUAUCUUCCUGUGACCUUCCAGUCUUCCUUCGAGGAUUCCAAUAAAAGUGGUCCCAUUUAAUCUGAACCAGGAUUCAUAGGUUCAAUGUUUAACAUGAAUUAAAAAUAAAUGAAACAAUUCAUUUUCCUUAAUGAAACAAUUUAUUUUCCUUAUUUGUCUUCAGUUUUGAAUAAUUUCAUAUUAGCAGCUCCGAGCUGAACACAUAAUACAUAUCGCUACAUGUUAAUCGAUUAAUAACAUUUCAAUGAAAACAAUUGUGUUUUUAAUUUAAUUAAUCGUUUCAAACGAUACACACAUAUCUAUAUCUUAUUACAAUACUUACAUGAAUCUAUUUUUCAAAUUAAAAAAAACUGAUAAAUUAAUUGAUAAUAAUAAUUAGAUAGUGAAGAUAGUUUUCACAUCUCGACCGUAUCUUUUACUGAAAUUUCAAUAAAAGUUAUUUUCUUUUUGCCAACUUUCAACAAUUUAGAUUUUGAACUGGUCGUAGACAAAAUCAAAUUGAGAUCCAUGAUAAAAGUUCUGAAAAAGCUACCAGUAGUUAAGUAUGUACUAAGUUUGAUUUACACGCUAUGACAAUAGAUAUAGGUACAUUUACAAGCGUAUUUUGUAUUACAAACGCUACAUACUAAUGUACAAUAUUUUACGUUAAUAAUGCUAGGUAUAUAAUAUUCUCAUAACGUCUACUGACUUCGUCUGUGUCCUGUUGGAAUUUUGCAAAACUUUCACGCAAAUUCUAAAGUUUUUAGACCCAUACAGUGGUUUGAUAUGUAUCAAUAUGUCAGUCAGUUUUGCUUUUUAAGUAGUUUUUUUUUCUUUCAAAUAACUAACUGACAUAUAAAUGAACAGCUCAAAUCGCUAUUUUGUCCAGAAAUUUGAGAAUUUGUAUGUUGAAGGUUCUUUCUACAAUACAGAGUUGCACUGAGAAAUAAUUUUUUGAAAUUUCACCCAAAUGAAGCCGAGGCUAGCAAGUAUUUAUGCACCAACUUUUAAUUACCAUAAAUAAUCAGCUUAGUCAGAAUUCGAUACUUAACACGUAAAUGCUGUU